AUGGCGGAUGCUGCGCUCGAGACUGGCGCGGUGGUGCAGGUGACGCAUGUGGCGAGCGGCUUCUCGUUCCGGGCGCUGGUGGAGCGCGGCAGUUCGUCGGGCGCGCUCAUGUUGAGCCUGUGCAGCUUGGAGAGGCCCUACGAGAAGCUGAAGGUGGCACUCAACGGCCACGUGAGUUGGGCGCUGGCCGCCGCCAAGUUCGCCGCCUUCCUCGUGGAGUUUGACGAGUCCAAGGGCGACGGCUUCCUGGUGCAUUUCAAGUCGCUGGCGCAUCAGAAGAAGACGAGCCGCUCAGAGUCCACUGGGUGGUUCUUGGGCGUGGCCUCGUCGCCGUCGCUGGGUCUCAUUGGCGACGCUGGCAAGGGCGAAGAGAGUUUGUUCCGCUUAACGGUCGUGUCCACCCGUGCCGCGUUCGCGCUGGACCCGACGCGGUCGCUGAUGACGCAGUCAAGGCAUGGCUCCAUACUGAGCGAGUCGCAGCGACGCUCGUUCAUGCAGCACGGAUACCUGCAGAUCCGCGGGGCCGUGCCGCUGCCAUUGGCGAACGCAGCGCUGCGCCGCAUCAACCACGACCUCGGCAUCCCUGGAAACAUGAUCGACGGCGGGGUGGAAGGCAACAUUAAGCUGGCGGGCAACACGUCCAACAGCGACGCGAUUCUCGAUCUGUACUACCUCUCAGACGUAUGCAAGUACGUAGAAGCGCUCGUUGGCGCAGACCAAGUUGUGCCGCCUCAAGGAGCGCAGAUCGCCCUGCGGUUCCCGGAACUUGGCGAGCCUCGUGAACCUUUGGGAACGGAAUGGCAUAUGGACGGCAUGCGGCAAGGCCGACUCCACCCGUUCACUCUGCUGGCAGGCAUCGCGCUGUCAAAUGUCCCGGAGCCGCUAUGCGGAAACCUGACUGUCUUCUCUGGAUCGCACGUCUCGCUUCACAGUCGCCUAACUGCAGACGGUAAGCUGCGCGGACACGACGACGAAUGCUACAAGGCCGACAGCGUGUGGGGGGAUGGCACGCUGCCUGAUCUUGGGGUUCCAGUACAGCUCCUGGCUGCACGUGGGGACCUGGUACUCGCGCACCCAAAUCUCGCACAUCGCGGUGGUCUCAACUUUUCCCCUGACAUUCGCUACCAAGUGUACUUCCGCAUCAAGCACAAGCAGCUCGAAGAGCUGCAGGACCAAUGCAUUGCUGACCUCUGGGCGGACUUACAGGGACUCAGCUUCGACGAGAAGAAGAAUUCUAUCGCCAACUAG